CUAUAAAGGAAAAGCCCAAACAAAGAAAAAUGAGCAUUAAACCAGCAGUCACACUUUCCUGCCAUUUUUAACUCGCACACACUGCUCCUCUUUUUACAGCUUCACCUGCUCUCUGUUUGUUUCUCGAGAAAACUUUAAGAAAUCUUUCUUUUCUUUUUGCUUUUACUUGAUUUAUCACACUAUCAUGGCAGAGAUGCGACCCUCCAUUGUACGCAUAAAUUAGUUAUACGUAGAGAUGCGACCCUCCAUGGUGGGACUUUGAUAUAUUUCAACACAAUCUGAUCAUUAGAUGUACGAGAAAGGUCUACACUAUAUUUCGUUCUUUUAAAGGGAUGCUUUCAAAUAUUCUGCUGCUUCAGUAUGAAAAUGCCGUUAUGAUAGAGAAGUGGAGAGAGGCUAACCAGAGAAAGCUUGUCUGAACUUUGUAAGCGAGAAGGCUGAUCAUAACAUGGGAAACAGACUGCAAAAGCCCCAAGAAACAAAGACAGUAGAAGAGCAAGAGCAACAAGAAGAAGAGGUUUCAAGUUUCACAUGUGAAAUAUGCAUUGAACCGAUGCUAUCGAACAGGAAAUUUAAGAAUGGUAGUUUAUGUUCUCAUCCUUUCUGCCUGGAUUGCAUAUCGAGAUAUGUUGAGGUGACAAUAGAAGCCAUCGGUGGGAACCUCAAAUGCCCUGGACUUAGUUGCAAGCAUCCAUUAGACCCUCUCUCAUGCAGGCCUAUCAUCGCAAAGCCUCUUUUCGACAAAUGGUGUGAUCUUCUAUGUGAUUCAGUGGCUUUAGGGGUCGAAAGGUGCUAUUGUCCAUAUCGAGAUUGCUCAGCGUUGAUUUUAAAUGAAUGUAAGGAAAAUCUGAACAAAAUCAAAUGUCCUAACUGCAAGAAACACUUCUGCUAUCAAUGCAAGAUUCCGUGGCAUGCAGGAUAUCAGUGCACCGAGAGUGGACAACUGAGAGAUAGAAAUGAUGUUCUGGUUGGGGAACUUAUAGAGGAGAAGAAGUGGACUAGAUGCUAUAAUUGUGGUCACUCUGUUGAGCGAAUUAGUGGUUGCAGAGAUGUCAAAUGCAAAUGUGGAGUUCGUUUUUGCCAUCAAUGUGGAGGAAGAUUCCACUUGGGUCCUUGUAGACACAAGUGCUGUGGAGAUGCUAUCUACAUGUUCAUAUUUUUGGUGAUAUUGAUUAUAUUUUGCUAUCUCCUCUAUCAUCAGGUGAACAUAAUGUCAUCUGUAUAGUCUACUGCUGCAGAAAAGUCCCGUAAAGACCGUCUCUAGGGAAAGAUGUUAAGAAAUACCAUUUAGGUUGUAAAUGAUGGUUUUAAAUGGUCAAGAGAAAAUUUGAACUUGCUAUUA